GGUGCCGGCAGGCCCCUGGCACCGCAGGUGGGAGUGCUGGAUCCCGGCCCCGAUUCCUGGCCAGCGCUGCCCUCGGGGCACGUGGCUGCCUGAAAUCACCCCUGGUUUCCUCACAGUGCGACUGUUUCACUGUCGCUGGCUUUCCUGUCAUCCCAUACCACACCCCCACACUUCGCACCUUAAAAUACGGCCGGUUGUUUUCUAUCGGCACCAAGUCCCAGUUUAACCCAGCUGCUAUUCCCCCGAGGCUCUGAAAAGUUCCCCCCCUCCCGAAGCUACUGAAGUCAGUAAUCAGGGCUAACUACACUGAGUCAGGUGGGAGCCUGCAGGUUGGUGGCCACUAGUGCCCAGGAGGAGGAUGCUGAUGAGUGGAUGUGGUGUUGGGGGUGCUCUAUCCUUCAGCCUUGAGGGCUGCCAGCAUCCCCCAGUAAGGGGCAUCCACUGGUGAGGAGCACUUCAUGUGCAAGGUGCAUUGCCAGACAGCUACACCGGGAAGGGACCAGGGAAAAACAAUACAAAUACCUGCUGAGCAAUUGUAUUCUGAGGAGAUGCAAAAACUUCAUCUGCCAUACGAUUAUUUCGUGCUAAAGAGCAGGCAGCCCAGACCAUGGGUGUUACCAAGCUUUUAAAUUCCCCUAUUUUUGUCUUUGCAGUUUCUUCAUAUUCAUCUGUAUACUCACACACCAGGAUACGUGUGCUUGCAGAACCCAAACCAGUAGCUUAUGAAAGCAGUCCCAGGCUUGAGUGGGGAAACCAAGAAACGAUCUGUCCCCUAUCAUGGGGGGCUACGACAGCUCGACCAUCUUCAAGAAUAUCGUUACUGUCCAAGUCCAAGAAAGACUUUUGCAAGCACCAGCGAAGCUACAGAUCAGUGAUCGGUGGGCGCCCCCGGCUAGUGAAGUUUGCCUACCCUUCUGAGCGGCUGCUGAAGUUGUCUGAACCUAAAAAAUGCCACCCAGCUUUCCUGCAACAAAGAUCCCCCGAGUGGCCCGUGUCACUAUCUGCACUGACCUAUAAUGCCUCCCCACGGAUCCUCGAGCUUGCCCGGCCAAAGUUGCUGCAUCCAGAGUUCAUUCCGCCCAGAGAGGUGCCAACACAGGUUCCAACUCCUGCGACCUUGGCCAGCCCAUCCGCGCGGAUAGAGCGUCUGGCAGAGCCCUGUGUCAGGCAGGCGACCUGCUGCUAUAAGCACAGCUAUCCUGAAUCUGUCAUUCGUCCGGUUUCCAAGUCAGCUCAGCAGGCAGUUGCGAGCCCUCGGACCAUUGAGCUGGCUAGGCCAAAGAAACUGCAUUCUAAGUACGAGGCCCCGCGGGAUCCUCAGUGGCCAGUGUCAGAGGCUGCCAAGCGUGCAGUGGCUACACCAAGGAUUGUGGAACUGGCCCAGCCUGGCAAAAGGCCUCCUAUGGGCUUGGCUCAAUUCAACCUAGAUGCAUUCAGAGUGAAGGAGACUGCUAUGAAGGCAACUUGUUCUGAUCGGAUACGAGAACUAGCUCGCCCAGUUCAGCGCUAAGCUCCCUCAGAAAUGCACCUGCCAGCUGCCCCCAUCAUCCCUUGGAACAUCACUCUCUCUGGGAUGUGCUGUGGGUAGAAAAUCUACUUGAACACAGAGCAGAGGCAGCACUCAGCAGGAACACUUUCUGGGAAUUCAAAUAAAAUGGUCACUCCUUAAGAAUAGUCA